AUGGCUCCCUUGGCCGAGGUCGGGGGCUUCUUGGGCGGCCUGGAGGGCUGGGGGCACCAGGCGGUGGGCGCCCACUUCCUCCUGCCCCCCUCCAGCGGAGAAAGGCUCCCCGCCAGGAUCCUCGACCCCCGCCUCCAGCCUCUCCAGCCUCAGCAGCAGAAGGGGGAGCCCGCGGGGACCCUGCCCGCCAAUGCCAACGCCCCGGACCUGGCCCACCUGCAGGGCAUCCUCCGGCGGAGGCAGCUCUACUGCCGCACGGGCUUCCACCUCCAGAUCCUCCCCGACGGAACCGUCCAAGGCACCCGCCAGGACCACAGCCUCUUCGGUAUCCUUGAAUUCAUCAGUGUGGCAGUAGGUCUAGUCAGUAUUCGAGGAGUAGACAGUGGCCUUUACCUUGGAAUGAACGAAAAAGGAGAACUAUAUGGCUCUGAGAAGCUCACUCCUGAAUGUGUCUUCAGAGAACAGUUUGAAGAGAACUGGUAUAAUACAUACUCCUCCAAUGUGUACAAGCAUGGGGACUCAGGGAGACGCUACUUUGUGGCCCUCAACAAAGAUGGCAGCCCCAGAGAUGGGGCCAGGUCCAAAAGACAUCAGAAAUUCACCCACUUCUUGCCCAGACCAGUGGACCCUGAAAGAGUGCCUGAACUCUACAAGGAUGUGCUAGUACUCACCUGAAACUGAACAUAGGCGGGGAAUAGAAUCUUAGCCUCAACAGUAUCAAAAGCAGGAAGAACUUCUGAAUGCUGAGGAACUACUGAGAUCUAGGAAGCCAGAUGAUCAGAAGAGCUGUUUAGUGGUAGACAAGCCCUCAUUGCUUAAUGUCUGGAUGUAGGAGAAUGAACCUGAAAGCCAAGAGGACCAACCUGUUUUAGGUUUACUCACCCUUGUGCUGGACUAGUAGACAAGAGAAGUUGGAACUGGACUCAGACCAGACUCUUCUGGAUUUUUAAUAUGCUUAGAAGAACCACCCCAAAUGUGUGGCGAUGGACUAUAGAAAGAUAGCUGUCAUGCUGAAGCAAAGUAUAAAUGGCAGACUAGUGAAAAACAAGAUCACCCACAUGGAUUGUCAACAUGAGGUGAUGGAGACAGUUGCGAACCUGGAAACAAAAUUUGGAUUUGUUUUUCCUCUUCAGGAUGGACCUAAUUUAUAUACAUUCAGAGUGCAUAUAUUUAUUUUAAAUAUUUAUUUAUUACAGAGUUUAUUUUUUACUGGGAGAUGAAGAGAGUGCAGCCCUUUACCCCACAGAAAACCAUUUAUGGUGCCAAUAUUUACUCCAAAGUCAUCUCAUGGUGCAAAAUGAAAAGGGGCAGGACAUCCCCCAACACUACAAAUGGAAGAGUGUCCCUUGAAUGUCAUUGCAAUGAGAUAAUCGAUUGGGGCUCUGUUUUUAUGCACAUACCUGAUGAAUAGCCUUAAACAAAUAAAUGCCUUGGUUGCCUUACAACUUGUGGGAUUGUGUCCUGCAUGUGUACUAAAUCAAACACUCAAAUUUAAAAAAGGGAA